UCUCUCUCUCUCUCUGAUUUCUCUCUCUCUCUCUCUCUCUCUCUCUCUCUCUCUCUCUCUCUCUCUCUCUCUCUCUCUCUCUCUCUCUCUCUCUCUCUCAUACAUCAAUAAUGCAAAAAGCAAUAAGACCAUACGACUCAUCGUGGACGAAGACAAUACCGGGCAAUAGCAUUUUCCGUCCAAAGAAUGAAGAUAAACGACCAUCAUCAUCGUUAUCAUGGUUAACAUCAUCAUCAUCAUCAACACCACAAAAGCCAUCAUCUUUAAGCACUAAGAAAUCAAGCAACCUGCUCGUGAUGGAGAAUGCUGUGGUGGUGUUUGCGAGGAGAGGUUGUUGUAUGGGACACGUGGCCAAGCGGCUGCUACUAACACAUGGCGUGAACCCAUUGGUAGUUGAGAUUGAUGACGAAGACAACAACGACGACAGUAUCAUAUUUGAUUUGGGUGAAACCGUGAUUAAUAAAGCGAAAUUACCAGUCAUGUACAUAGGAGGGAAGUUAUUUGGAGGAUUGGAAAAUCUGAUGGCUGCUCAUAUUAAUGGUGAUUUAGUGCCUACUCUCAGACAAGCUGGGGCUUUAUGGCUUUGAUAUAUGAUUUAAAUCCUCUUAAUAUCUUGUUUUACUGUCUUCUCUCCAUUUUUUUACCCCUUUUUUACAUUAUUUGUUAAUAUUUUUUGUAAUGUUUCAACUUUCAGCCUAUGUGAAUCUGUAAUUGAUUGUUAAUUAUGUGAUUGGGUUGGUCAUCAAAAA